AUGCGCUGGGUUGGUUGCGAUAAGGAAACGACGGUGCAGUUGCAGUGCUGGGUGGAUUACGCAAAGCUUGGAGAUGUUCUGAGAAAUGGAAUGGUGGAAGCUUGUUGCCGUGGGCUGGUGUUGAACUUUUUAGUGGGGCCCUGUUCACCUGGGCUCUGCCUGUGGCUCACCGAGGCUCACCGAGGCUGCAGGGGCCAUGCAGUCGGGUCAACGGCUUGGCGCCUGUGGAUUUCUCUGAAUGCGGAUCGCGCCGAGGUUUCUGGCGCUCUUGGUGUUGUCUCGCCAUCCCGUCCAAUUCGAUCCUUCCCUUCGUCUCUCGAUGCACAGCAACUGUUGGGCCAAGACCAAGCUGUGACUUUUCUUCGCUUCUCCUCCAUCUGUUCUUUUCUGCAGACACUGACUGCUACUCCCCACGGCGAUGUAUCCCAGCGCUUGAUCCCAAUCUCCCAACCAAACACACGUCUUAUCGGAUCCUCUGCCCUUGCCCUGCCCUUGGCCUGGCCUGAGCUUGAACCCUCGUCCGGAACCCCGCGCCGCGUCGACACGGACACGGCCACAAUGGUGUCGUCGUCGUCCCGCUCCUACAAGGACAAGGACGCAGGCGUCGUCCUCUCUUUUAAUGGCCAGUGGGUGAGCUGGUCGCACACUGUCGCUGCCUCCUUGGCUUUCUUGAGCGCCCUCGUCAUUGGGUCUGCUCUUCACUACCACAAGAUUGUCCAGAACGAGUGGUACGGCUAUCCGCAAGAAUGGUUCCCUUCUGUGUCGGCCACUAUUGGUGACCGUUAUCCUGAACGGUCCAUCUUCAUGCUGUUCAUUGCCAUUACCUCCGGUCCUCGAUUUGCUCUCGUCGGGUUAUGGUAUCUGUUGACCGCGAAGCCCGGCCGAACGCUACCGAAGCUGAUCGGAUGGUCCGGCAUCAUCCGAACUCUCACAUGCGGCGGGUGGACUUACAUCACGUCUACCGACGACCAUGACUGGCACGAUAUUCUUAUGAUCUCGUACAUUGUCUUUACGAUUCCGUGGACAACCGGCUGCAUUGCGCUCAGUCCCCCGAAUACAAAAGCGAUCAAGUACAGGAAAUACAUUGCGGGCGCUUUCUUCGGUACUCUGGUGCCGUUGGUGUACUUUUUCAUCCAACACAAGGUUCACCGUGUUGCGGGAGCGUACACCAUCUACGCUUUCUUCGAAUGGGCCUUGAUUGUCCUCGAUGUGUCCUUUGACGCCGUGACUGCUCUGGACUUUGACUCGCUCGAGAUCACAAUCCGGGAUGUGAAGGGCGCGAGCAAGGGGUACGUCCAAUGGCUCCCAAGAUAG